AUGAGUAGGACGCAGCAGAAUAUGAGAAAAAAGAAAUCACCAUUUCAUCAUACCAACACGAAACAGGGUGGUAUGUUUACGUUCGAGUACUCAUACAGCAAUGAGAAUUUGGUUGCCGGAGAAACAUUUGAACGGGAAGUUCGUGACAGGUUCAACAAUCUCGCGAUGUUCAAGAUCAUCUACCCAUGUACCCCUUAUCUGUUAACCGGUGGCAAGCUCUUGUUUUCUAAUGGUAGUUACGACUCCUGGGCUGUGAGGAUGG